CACACAGCGUAAGCUGAGCUUUGCAUGUUGAGGAUCGCUUCAGUCCGUUUGUGUCCGAUGUUCAGAAUAAAUGCGUGAUGGGAGGAAGCAGCAACCCGAGAAGAAUGAAUCCACCAACCACGGCUGACCUCUGAACCCGAGAGACACAGCAACACGGCGUCAUGGACGAACUGGAUCCGUCUCCUCUGCGGCGUUUUGUCAUCGCCAAGCGUUCGAUCACCGGCAUCUUCGACCAGCUGCUGGACUUUGUGAAGGACGGCUCGGCCUUCGUGGACGAGGCCUGGCGCAGCGCCGAGCUGGGCCCGGUGGCCGUGGAGGAGCAGAGUCUGGAGCUGCAGAGCUGCGCCACCAAGCUGUGCACCAUCAGGGACGUCCUGGCCCGCAGACACAUGAAGGUGGCGUUCUUUGGCAGGACAAGUAACGGCAAGAGCACGGUGAUCAACGCCAUGCUGAGAGACCGGGUGCUGCCCAGCGGCAUCGGUCACACCACCAACUGCUUCCUGAGGGUGGAGGGGACGGACGGGGACGAGGCCUACCUCACCACCGAGGCGUCCAACGAGAGGAGGGGCGUGACCUCGGUGAACCAGCUGGCUCACGCGCUUCACAUGGACCACAUGCUGGACCCCGGCAGUCUGGUCAAAGUGUUCUGGCCCAAGAGCCGCUGCGCUCUGCUGAGGGACGACCUGGUCCUCAUGGACAGCCCUGGGACCGACGUGACUCUGGAGCUGGACAGCUGGAUCGAUAAGUUCUGUCUGGACGCAGACGUCUUCGUUCUGGUGGGAAACGCCGAGUCCACCCUGAUGAACACGGAGAAGCUUUUCUUCCACAAAGUCAGCGAGAGGAUCUCCAAGCCGAACAUCUUCAUCCUCCACAACAGGUGGGACGCUUCAGUGACCGAGCCCGAGUACAUCGAGGAGGUGAGGAAGCAGCACCUGGACCGCUGCGUCAGCUUCCUGGCCGAGGAGCUGAAGGUGGUCCGUCUGGACGAGGCCCCGGGGAGGAUCUUCUUCAUUUCGGCUAAAGAAGUGCUGAGUUCCAGGAUGCAGCAGGCGCAGGGCAUGCCAGAGACAGGUGAGACAGGUGGCGCUCUGGCUGAGGGCUUCCAGGAGAGGCUGAGAGAGUUCCAGAGGUUCGAGAGGACAUUCGAGGAAUUCAUCUCUCAGUCUGCGGUGAAGACCAAGUUUGAGCAGCACACGGUGAGAGCCUGGCAGAUCACCGAGGCCAUCAAAGCUGUGAUGGACGCCAUCAACAUCUCCUCGGCCGACAGGAAGAUCUGCUGCCUGGAGGAGCGGGAGGAGCAGAGGGACCGGCUGGACUUCGUUCGGGGACAGAUUAACCGUCUCAGCGACAGCGUCAAGGAGCGGAUCAAAACUCUGACCGACGACGUGGCGGCCAAGGUGGCCACAGCUCUGUCUGAUCAGAUCCGCUCUCUUCCCGUCCUGGUGGAGGAGUUCAGAGCCGACUUCAACCCAACGCAGGAGACUCUGCAGCUGUACAAGGCGAAGCUGCUGCAGCAUGUGGAGGAGCGACUGGUGGGCUGUUUGGCUCAUCGCUGCUCUAACCGCAUCCUCAGAGACAUUAAAGACGCCCAGAGUCACAUGAUAGACAGCGUCCGUCCCCUGCUGUCUCUGUCCGUCCAGGAGACGCUCUCAUCUCCCUCCGCCUCCUUCGAACUGACCUACGACCUGGGCCUCGCCGCCCUCUGUGAGGACUUCAGAGAGAACAUCAGCUUCCAGUUCUCUCUGGGGUGGACCGCCCUCGUUACGCGCUUCAUCGGAGUCGCCGGUGCCAAGCGAGCGCUGACCGGGUCCGACCCCCGACUGCAGGAAGGGGCCACCCUGAAGGACGAGAUGCUGGUCUCCGUAGCGACAGGCCUGGUCUCAGUCACAUCCCGGGCGUCCAUGACAGUACUGGUGGUUGGAGGAGUGGUGUGGCGUUCGGUGGGCUGGCGUAUCAUCGCCCUGUCCUUCUCUCUGUACGGCCUCCUCUACCUGUACGAGAAGCUCACCUGGACAGACGCCAGCAAGGAGCGCGCGCUGAAGCGACAGUUCGUAGAGCACGCCACCCACCGCCUGAGAGCCGUCAUCCCCGUCACCAGCUCCGCCUGCAGCCAGCAGGUGUACAAGGAGCUGUCGUCGACCUUCAGCCGUCUGACUCAGAGAGUGGACCUGAGCGAUGCUGAGCUGGAGGGGAACAUCCGGCAGCUCAGCUUCAGGAUCCAGAGACUGGAGAACAUCCAGAGGAGGUCCAAGGCCUUCAGGAACAGAGCCACGGAGCUGGAGACUCAGCUGGAGGUCUUUUCUGUUCAGUACCUGCAGGGAAACUAAGAAAAACAAUUUGCUGCAGCUUCAUUCAGUCCAGUGUGAGUGGUUUGUAUGAACUGCAGACUCUCCGUCUCUCAGCCCAAACAGAAGAAUCGAAUCACCCAGAAGCUACUGACCGCCGCCUGGAUCCCGUCUGAGCCGGUUUCAUUCAUAUAAUCAUCUCUCAGUACGAUAAGGUGUAGAAAAUAUCCAGUAUGGACUGAAAACUUCUAUUGAAUGGAAAUAAAUCAUAUAUUCCAUAUUCAGAACUAAGUCUAACCCGUAAGGACCCAGUUCAACCUGUCAAGAUCCAGUUGACCCCUUCAGGACCCAGGUUG